GAAAGGGCAAUUCGGCCAAUUCAAGUGUGUUUCUUAUUCGACAAUCCAGACUUCAAUGGUGUUUAGCUUUCUAGAAGCAGUGAAGCAGUGAUUAAUUUGAAGUGAAUUGUGCGCAAUCACCCUUCAUUUUUAGCUUAAUUCUGAACCACUCAACCACUCAAAGAUGGCGUGGCUCACUAGAUUUCUCACGGCGGUGGCGUUUUUGGCGGUCGGCGUAGUUUUCUCGCCUGAAACCUUCGGAUCUAAAUCGGACGGCCAGCAUUCGCAGUUGCUCCUCUCCUCGCUGAAAUUGGCGCACCUGCUGUGCUUCUCCACCGCCUGGGGCGCCGCUCUCUGGGUUACCUUUAUCGGCGGCAUCAUCAUGUUCAAGAAUCUGCCUAGGCAUCAGUUUGGGAACUUACAGAGCAAGAUGUUUCCAGCAUACUUUUCCAUGGUGGGAGUGUGCUGUGCAGUGGCAGUGGGGUCUUUUGGAUACUUGCACCCAUGGAAGACGUCGGGGUCGACUGAGAAAUACCAGCUCGGGUUCCUGCUUGCUGCCUUUGCUUUCAAUCUAAGCAAUCUUGUUAUCUUUACGCCCAUGACCAUCGAGAUGAUGAAACAAAGGCACAAGAUCGAGAGAGAAGUAAAUAUUGGGGAAGAAGUUGGGUGGACGAAGAACCAAGAAGUCGCAAAGAAAAAUCCGAAGCUUGCUGCUAUGAACAAGAAAUUCGGGAUGAUCCAUGGAUUGUCUUCUCUUGCUAAUAUCUUCGCAUUUGGUAGCCUCGCCCUCCACUCGUGGUAUUUAGCUGGUAAACUCAAUCUGUAAGUCUGCUGCGUAUCCAUCCAUUUCACUGAGAAAAAUAUGCUUGGCUGAAUGGCUGUAUUUACAUGUAACAUUAAACAUAAAAUUUGCCCAUUUUAUCUUUUUCCCAAGAAAUAGUAUGUAGUUUAUGACAACUUUGAAAUAAAACAUUUCUAUUCUCUA